GACUUUUUCAUUGUUUAUGGUACUUGUCGUAUUUAGACAAAAGUCGAAAAUAAUUUCGAUAUUGUAAAUGUAAACAUAUUCGUAUAAUAUUGAAAUUAUUGUGUUAUGUGCUUAUCGUAUAGGGCACAGGGUUUCAAUAAUAGUUAAGAAUAAUGAGUUCCAAAAAGGGUAAGCGUAAUUUGGGGAACAAGCAUUUUCCUAUAGCGGAGUCUGUGAGCAUUGCUCUGAAAAUCCAGUUGGAUAAGUUUUUAAGUGAUGAAAAUGAGACUGAGCUCAAGUUUCCGACGUUUCUGUCGGCGCAGGAACGGGGUUUCAUCCAUGAGACUGUUGCCAAGCUGGGCUUGAAGUCGAAAUCGCGCGGGAAAGGUGUAAAUCGCUAUUUAACAAUAUACAAACGUAUCGGUUCCACAAUAAUCCAGAAUGACGCCAAGCUCAUCCUGGAUUCAAACAUGCGCUGCAGCAUCACGGAGCUGUUCAACACAUUCCCCAUCACCAGUAAAGAGAAGGAUGACUUGAGCUGCUGCCCGGAGAAGGAGCGGAGCCCCCAGCUGGCUCAUAAGCCUGUUGGGCAGUUGAAUAAUGGGGUUGCUCAAGUGCCCAGUACAACAUAUAAUCCAGAAUUAGUAAAGUUUAGAGAAAAGUUGCCUGUGUUUGAACAGAGGCAGGAGCUGCUCAAUGCUAUUACUCACAAUCAGGUGAUCAUAGUAGCAGGCGCCACAGGCUGCGGCAAAACCACACAGCUUCCUCAACUAGUGCUAGAACACUGUCAGCAACACAAGCAGCCCGCCCGCAUCUACUGCACGCAGCCCCGCCGCCUGUCCGCCGUGUCCGUCGCGGAGCGGGUAGCUUACGAGCGUAUGGAGAAGAUCGGACAAAGCAUCGGCUACCAGAUCCGCUUGGAAUCUCGUGUGAGCCCCCGCACCGUGCUCACGUACUGCACCAACGGCCUCCUGCUGCGCACUCUUAUGUGCACCGACACACAGUUGGCGGGAGUGACGCACGUAUUCGUGGACGAGGUGCACGAGCGGGACAAGUUCAGCGACUUCCUGCUCAUCGCGCUGCGGGACGCGCUCCCGCGCUGCAAGGACCUCAAGCUGAUCCUCAUGUCCGCCACCAUGGACACGCAGAUCUUCUCCAGAUAUUUCAACAACUGCCCCGUGAUAACCAUCCCCGGGCGCUUGCACGAGGUGCAGCGGUACUACUUGGAAGACAUCCUGAAACUGACGCAAUACCGCACCAAGAAGAUGGUUCAGGCCGAGAGAGAGCUCAAACACAAGCUCAAGUCUGGACAGAGCUACUGGUCACAUCUCGAAGGCCAGAAGCAGCCAGAAGAUACCAACAGCAAAGACAGUAAAGAAGAGAAGGAGGUGGCGCUCGAGCCCACGCUGCAGGCCGACAUGGACGAGUUUCUAGAAGAGUGCUUCAAGGAAGGCAGCUUGGACUCGUUCUGCCAGAUCCUGUACAUGUACCUGUCGGAGGGCGUGCCGGUGCAGUGCGCGCAGAGCGGCUGCGGCCGCACCGGGCUCAUGGCGGCCGCGCGCCACGGCCUCACCGACACCGCUCGCCAGAUGCUGCAGAUCGGUGCGGACCCCACAGUGAAAGACAAGAACGGCAAAACCGCCCGAGAUUACGCCCUCGAGGCCGGACACGGCGAGUGCGCCGCGCUCCUCGCUUCCCUCGGUGCGCCCGACGACCCCAGGGACACCGAGGACAACGCCGCGGACAACUUCCUGCUCGAUGUCUACCACCACACCGUCUCCGAGGACUUUAUAGACCAUGAUCUCAUGCUGGCCCUCAUUAAACACAUACAUAUCAACCUCCCCAAAGGCAGCAUACUAGUUUUCCUACCCGGAUACGACGAUAUAGUGACGCUCAGGGACUUGGUACAGAAUUGCACGGAGAUGAACGCGUUGAAAUAUCAAAUAUUCACGCUGCACAGUAACAUGCAGACGCUCGAUCAGAAGAAAGUGUUUAAUCCGCUCCCGAAUGCGAGGAAAAUCAUCAUCUCGACGAACAUAGCGGAGACGUCGAUCACUAUAGAUGACGUAGUGUAUGUUGUGGACUCAUGUAAGGUUAAAGAGAAGUACUACGAGUCAAGUGGUGGAGUGUGUUCUUUACAGUGUGUGUGGACUUCUCGAGCCGGCUGUCAGCAGCGCGCGGGCCGCGCUGGUCGCACCAAACCCGGACACUGCUUCCACAUGUGCUCCAAGCGGAGGUUCCAGACGUUACCACUUAACUCCAUCCCGGAGAUCCUGAGGGUGCCACUGCAGGAACUGUGCCUUCAUACCAAGCUGCUAGCCGUUGGAAAUACGCCUAUAGCGGACUUUCUAUCAAAAGCAUUGGAGCCCCCAUCGUUCCUUGCGGUGAGAAAUGCCGUAACGCUUCUAAAGACUAUAGGGGCGCUGACUCCCAUGGAAGAUUUGACGGAAAUCGGGCAGCACCUUCUAGAUCUAACCGUGGAGCCGAAAUUAGGGAAGAUGCUCCUGUACGCGUGCGUCAUGAAGUGCCUCGACCCGAUCCUGACGAUCGUCUGCAGCCUGGCCAACAAGGAGCCGUUCCAGAUAUCCAUGAACCCGGAGAACAGGAAGCGGGGGAGUAUGGCGCGGAAGGAGUUCGCGGCGGACUGUUAUUCCGACCACAUGGCGCUGUUGAGAGCGUUCCAAGCGUGGCAGAGUGCGAGAGCGAACGGCGCGGAACGAGCGUUCUGCGCUAAGAACUUAAUAUGCGGAGCUACCAUGGAGAUGAUUGUGGGCUAUAGAGCGCAACUACUAGCUCAGCUCCGAGCGCUGUGUCUAGUCAAAGCUAGAGGCUCCGGCGACAUUAAAGACGUCAACUUGAACUCUGAAAAAUGGCACGUCGUGAAAGCGGUGCUAGUGAGCGGCCUGUACCCUUCGACGGCCCGCGUCGACCGAGAAUCGGGGUCGUUAAGGACUUCAAAGGAAGUGAAAGUGGCCUUCCAUCCGAGCUCGACCUUACAUCGCGGCGACGGCGUAGCGGGCGCGCACAAAUCCGUGCAAAACCUGCCGACGGACUGGGUUGUUUUUGAGGAGAUAUCCAGAGCGGGCCGCUUCUGCUUCAUACGCUGCAACACGAUGGUGACACCCCUGACCGUGGCGUUAUUCGGCGGGCCUUUGAGAUUACCGCCCGGGGCUCUGACGCAGCGAGCGAAUCCUCCAGGGUUGUCGAGCGAUUCCGACAGCGAGGCUGACGAGAACAACUCCUCGCCCGACACAGCCGUGCUAACUCUAGACGACUGGAUGGCUUUCACGGCGGACGCAUCCGACGCUAUAAGCGUCUACUACUUGAGACAGAAGCUCUGCGCGUUGGUUAUCCGUCGCAUGUCGAACCCGGCUAAACCAAUGACGCCUUUAGACGAGCAGAUCCUGACCACUGUGGUGCACGUUUUAGCGGCCGAGGAGAAAAACGUGGGUCUGAAUCAGCCGUCGGGGAUCGGUCAGAGACCUAAGCCGUUGACGGUGGACGCGCCGAACUGGCGGACGAGAGCCGAGGAAGAGCAGUACAGGCACGACGGGAAGUACUACCCGCAGCAGUAUCAGCAGGACUACCAGCAGAACUACUACCAGAACCAGAACGCUUACUACCAAAACCGAAACGGCGUCCGGCCGGGUUGGCGCGGCGACACGCCGUCCUACUCUCAGUACUCGGGGCCCAAGAGCCCGCCGGCCGGCAGCGCGCUGCUCGCCAACAUUGAGAAGGCGGGCGCUCGGGCGCGGUACUUUAUAGCACGAGACGAGGGGGACGGCGCUAGUAGUGGCCUCCCGUUCGCACCCGCCACGACUGCCAAGCUUAUGAAGGUUAAACAGGAGGGUCAUCAAGUGAUAGUGUUCGUGGCGCGCGAGUCGGCGGCGCGGUUCGUGGGCUGCGCCGCGCUCGGCGACAGCGGGCUCGACUGGCUCUGCACACAACACCUGCCGUACCAUGCCGUCAGACACGUGUGCAACUCGCUGGCGGGCAACAGCCGCGUGGCGGCGUGCGGCGACGGCGCCGAGCUGUGCGCCGCGGCCGCGCGCGCGCUGCACCUGGCGCUCGCCCCGCCCCGCCGCCGCGCCGCACCCGCCUCGCACCCGCACCAGCACCGCCCGCACAAACACACGCAGUAG